GUGCAGAAGCGCUGGAGCGGUGUUUGCUAGUUAGCUGCAUGUUAGCACGAUUCAUCUUCACGGAAUUAAUAACGUAAAAGCUCCGCAUGCACUUUUAAUAACAACGGUAUUUUUUGUCGGGUGAUCAUUUUGUUCAAAGCAAGAUGUCGGACAGAAAGCGAGCAAGAGAAAAGGAGGACAGACGACACCACAAGAGGGACAAGAUACCAAAAGAUGAUUUGGAGAAACUGAAGAAGCACACGAAAAAAGUCAGCCAAGAAGUCCAGAAACUGAAACACAUCGAGACAUUCUAUGAGAAACCUCCACCGGGAUUUAUUAAGGAGCAUGAAGAAAAACCAGAGGACUGUAUCCCUGCAGAACCAGGAAAUGAAGAAGCCAGAAGCUUCCUGGCCCACGCUCCCACCAAAGGGCUGUGGAUGCCUCUAGGGAGGGAGGUGAAGGUGAUGCAGUGCUGGAGGUGCAAGCGCUAUGGCCACAGGACAGGUGAUCGGGAGUGUCCUUUCUUCAUCACAGGCAACCAGAAACUGGAGCACUUCAGAGUGGCACAUGAAGACCCAAUGUAUGACUUGAUUCGGGAAAACAAAAGGAAUGAGAAGGAAACCAGGAUCCAGCAGCUGCAGCAACUGCUCCAGGACACCACUUCCUCUUCCUCCUCCGACUCAGACAGCUCCUCCUCUUCUUCAUCCUCCUCCUCUGAUCACCAUCGCAGAAAGAAGAGGAAAAAGAAGAAGGACAAAAAGAAGAAAGACAAAAAAAAGAGCAAGAGGAAGCAAAAGCACAAGUCCAAAACUAAUGACUCCUCCGAUUCAGACUGAGGGCAUGCUGAUACGCGAACUUGAGUAUUACGUGUUUUGCACAUAAAAAAGGAAAGAGACUGAAAUGCAGCACAGCGAGACCUGCACCCUGAAGACGCCCCCAUAAGCUUUUUUCCCCUCAGGUUAAAAGCUGUUUAUGCACCAAGCAUGAUGACUUCUCCCUCACAUUUUUUCCCCCCAGGGCGGCAACUCGCCUUUACAUCCUCUCUGUCGGCUCACACAGCACAGAGUCCGAUGGAACAGCAGCUUAAGUAUGUAUGUGUGCCUUGGUACAUAUGUUUGUCAAAAAGGAUUUGCUGCAUGGGCGGUGACUCUUCAGCAAGUAUGGAAUGAGCCUUCUGGUUUAAGAGAAUGUUCUUACAUCGAUUCUGGUAAGGUCAUAUUCAGAGAUUGUAUUUUUCUCUGGCAUUGCAUUCUUAUUAAAAACUUUGAUUGUAGAGUGCAUUAAAUGAAAAUGGGUGGAAAAAAUGUAAACGUUGGGGUGCUGUUAGAAUGUUCCACAUGAGCCAAAAUGUUUGAAUGCUUGUGACUGUACAUAAACAUUUGGAAAGA